AAUAGGAAAAAUUGAUACUCCCGACCAAAAUGGACAUUUCGAUUAAGCCGGUAUUUUCGUUCUCGCUUAGCUAUAAGGUGUUCGAGAAGUUGGUAACUUGCGGCAAGUACGAUGGCAUACAUUCGUGUCUGACCGUGGUGACCAACGCGGAUAAGAUACUGAUCCACACGCCACACAAACGGUACGGGCUGCAAAACUCGAAGCUGUCCAUAUCGGAGAUCAAGAAUGACAUCGCCAUGCUGAACAUGAACUUUCCCAUCCGGGCCAUUGUGGCCGGAAAGCUGAAGAAGGACGACGACCGGGACAUUCUGGUGAUUGGGAGUUCGUCGCAUUUUCUUGCAUACCAUGUCGAUGAAAACUACAAUCUAUUUCAACGUGAUUUUCCUGAAGGUGUUCGUUCUCUUCUUAUAGGGUCAUUUGGUGGGUAUCCUGGAAACACACUGAUCGUUGGAGGGAAUGCAAUAAUCAAAGGAUUUGAUUGCGAAGGGAAUGAAAUCCUGUGGCUGAUAACCGCUUGGGGUGUGAACUCACUUUUGCUGAUGGACAUUGAUAAGGAUGGUCAAAAUGAGCUCAUUGUAGGCACGGACGAUGGGUGCAUCAAAAUGUACAAAAGGGAUUCGCUGCUGCACGAGUUCACCGAGGGCAACGAGAUUCAAAACCUGAUGGCGGUCAGCCCGAGCCAGUUUAUGUUCAGCGUCAAAAAUGGCACAAUCGGCGUGUUCGACGAGAGCGUUCGAAUGUGGCGAAUAAAGUCGAAGACCAGGGUCACGGCGAUGGCCAUGUACGACAUACUGGGCUGCGAGGGCAAGCAGAUCAUUGUCGGGUGGAAGAGCGGGAAAAUCGACGUUCGGGACACCCAGAACGGCGAUGUGCUGUUCAAAAUGAAGCUGAACGACUUUGUGUGCGGGAUCACGUGCAACGACUACCGUGGGAUUGGAGUUCUGGAUCUGGUGGUCAUCACGGCCGAUGGUGAAAUUCGUGGAUACACUACACCAAGCGUGAAUCUCCUGAAUUUGCAUAAUGUUGCAGACGAAGAAAUGAACAGUCUUCUGUCGCAAAAGCAGAAACUCCUUUUAGAGCUAAAGCAUUACGAAAACAACAUCAAAUUCAACAAGGAAAUCCAAGCCAACAACGAUUCCCAGCUGGUUCAAAGUGUCCCGGACAAUGUGGGAGUGAUUCCGUCGAACACGCGACUUCAAAUCGGCAUAUCCACCAGCUACGAUAGCAACGAUAUGAACAUCGAUAUAACGGUGUCGACGAACAAUGCCACCACCAUCAGAGCGGUGUUGAUCUUUGCCGACCAACUGUUCAAGGAGGAAACUUUAAUCGCCCAUUUGACCAAGGAUGCCUCCAGGAUUUUGAUUCCAUUGAAAACGUUGAAGGACAACGCACAGGAUAUUCAUAUUAAGGCUUUCGUUGGAUAUCCGACGAGUGUGCAGUUUCACGUGUUCGAGCUUACUCGACAGCUGCCAAAGUUUGCCAUGUAUACCAUCCCGCAGAGUCUUACAGGAUCACCGAAGAGUAUUUCUUACAUCAACGGUCUAGCGGCAAAACACACUCCCGGUGACAGUUAUGUUGAAUUUCGCAUCACGGAGCGCUUGAAGCGAAUUUGCAUAUGGAUCAAUCAGAACUUCCUGCUUCCUUCGGACAUCGAGUACAUGACAUCAUCGGACACGGACGCAACCGAGCUGAAGCUGAACCUAAUCAGCCUGCGGACCGGCAAAAACGUGUGCCUACACUUUAACAAUGACGGCAAAACCCGUUUUUACACCGAAGACAUUGGUCUGGCCGGUGACCUCAUUCAGUCGUUGGUGCAGUUUCUCAACGUCGAAAAUAUGAAUUCCGUCGCUUGUUUCCCGGUGGUCUACGAAGAAAUCAAGGAGCUGUUCAGUAAGCUACAGGGCCUGCAAGAGACCGAGAAGCAGAUCAACUCGGAAAUCAUAGACAACGUGAAUCAGAUCAAGAGCCAUCUCAUAAGGGCGGAGGACGCCCGCUACUACAAUGGGGAUGACGUUAUCAAAUACCACAACGAGAUGAUGAACACGAACGAAGACCUGGUGAAAAACUACAAGAUCCGCUUGGUCAACACCAACGAAGUCCAGUUGGCACUCAAAAGCAUCCACAGCAUUCUGUACAGCGCAUCCAAGCUGAGAGUUGGAACGUUUGCCGCCUCAAUCAUCAGCAAGUUCAAAGAUGCCUUAAAAACGAACAACAUCGAAGCUGUGGUGAAAAUCAUCGAGCUGGGCGAGAUGUAGGUAGUAGGUUAUAUUGAUUCAUACGAAGCGUCGCUGUGCGGAGGUGGUCAAACCGGUGUGCUGGCUGAGCCUCUUAAUGGAGAGCGAGUGAGUAAACAGCGACUGAGUGCGGUGUUGUGACAUGGUACUUUAAACCUUUUAGAAUCGAUUACUUUUCUCUACAUGAGAAGUUUGUACGUGAUGAUAAGUAA